GAGAGUUGAAUAGAGGAACUAGCAAAGAAAACACCUGACAGCACCGCUCUGUUUGUUGGACUACUCUGAAUUUGGUUGUUCCGUUAAGAGGUUUUCUGUGAGAAAAGCCGACAUUUGGCUAUGAGCAAGUUCUGGUUUAACUUCCCCUUACCUUUGGCUGCAUUAUACAUCACUGCAGUAUGUCUAAAUCAUGCAGCUUUGGCGGUACAGGUGACAUCCACAGGACCACAGAUGGUCAAGAAAGCUCAGGGGGAGAGUGUUACUCUGGGCUGCACAUACACCGUGGAUGCCUCAGAUGUCGGAGACCUGGACAUUGAGUGGACACGCGUCAGUCAAGACAUGACCCAGAAAGAUGAGAUGAUCUUAUCUUACACUGGAGGGAAACAGUACCAGCUAGGAAGCCCAGACCUGAUGAGUCGCUUGAAGUUUGUUGGCGACCCGAGCCGCGGCGACGCCACGGUCAGCGUUUCCAGCGUCAAGGUCUCGGACACAGCCACGUACCAGUGCAAAGUGAAGAAGACACCUGGCAUCGAUUCGAGGAAAGUCACUUUAGUAGUGCUGGUACGACCUUCGCCCCCUAAAUGCUGGGUGGAAGGUAGUGAGGAGAAGGGCGGAACCGUUUCGCUCCGGUGCAAAUCUUCCCAGGGUUCAUCUCCUCUAAAAUAUGCAUGGACAAAAGAAAGCGGAAACCUGCCACCAACCGCAACACAGAAUCCCCAGACUGGAGAGCUGCUAAUCAGAAACCAUAGCGAGAGCUACACAGGGAGGUACCUUUGUGAGGUCAGCAAUGAAGUAGGCACUGAACGAUGCACAUACGCCCUUCAAGCAUAUAACCCAACCAAUAAAGUGGGAGUGAUUGUGGGAGCUGUGAUUGGUGCAUUGCUGUUGCUGCUCCUCCUCCUUUUGCUGAUCUGGCUCCUGAUUUGCUGUUGCAACAAGAGGUGCUAUGAAAAAGAUGUUGCCAAUGAGAUCAGGGAGGACGCUCCAGCUCCAGAGAGUCACCCGGGAAGCCGUAACUCCAGCUUCCGUUCUGUACUGAAUUAUCACGUCCAUCCGGGGAUCCAUUACAGCUCGGUUGGCAAAGCCGAUGUCACACGGGCCAUAUCCGGUCGCAGCAGUACCCACACUGAACGCAGCAGAGGCCAAAGGGAAGCCAGCAUGCUUGCGUCUGAUCACAGGCCUCCGCUCAGAUAUGACAGCAGAUAUGGAUACCCCGUUUAACUACCGAUGUCCUGCCAGGGGACACAGCACUGAAAAGAUUAAACUCACUCAUAAGAUGCAAUACUGUGCAAGACCAUGGCAAGAUUGGAGGACAUUAAAACUGCACAGAAGAAUAUUCACAUUUGUGAAUAUUCCUAAAGUUCAGGAUAGAGAUCUGCUAAUAUAUGUGUAUAGUUGUGUUGAUGUAUUUUUGUAUGAUUGUUUUAUAAACAUUUAGGUGAAAUGUGGUCAUGGUAAUUUGAAUAUAUUAAACUA